AUGUCAUUUUUAGGUUUAGGAGGCGGUCAACCACAAUUAUCUUCAGCACAAAAGAUUCAAAAUGCUGAAUCAGAAUUAGAUUUGGUUACUGAUAUGUUCAAUAAGCUAGUGGACAACUGUCACAAGAAGUGCAUUAACAAUGCCAACUAUGCUGAUGGUGCCCUUGAUAAGACUGAAGCCAACUGUUUGGAUAGAUGUGUUUCCAAGUAUUUUGAAACAAAUGUCAAAGUUGGUGAGCAAAUGCAAACAAUGGGCCAAACUUUCAACGGUGCUGGUAAGUUAUAA